ACGCACGGCGAGCGCUUUUGCAGUCAGACUGUCGGGCCUCGCUGAGGGAAGAGUGAGUAGGAUGAAGGAUGGAGAAACACUGAGAGGAAGAGGAGACGCAUCGGGGGAACUCUGUGUAUUUUCUCGUGUCAGUUUUAAUAACAGCAGCAGCAAAAAAUGAGCCGAGCGGCAAGAAAAUGUAUUUAAAGAAAUCAUGCAGCGUCGGCGCUACCUCUCGUUUAAACGGAAUCGGGAAGCAAGAUCAUGAGUCUAAACGGAAGAGGAAGAUGGCUGAGAUUUCUCAAGCCCUGACCGCGACUCCCGUGGACGUGGCAGCGCUGAGGCGCAUGGCGAUCAGCGAGGGGGGGCUCCUGACGGACCAGAUCCGCUGUAAAGUGUGGCCCAAACUGCUGAAUGUCCAGACUGAUGACCUGCUGGACAAACCAGGAGCAGCACUGCGAGAAAACAACAAAGAUUACCAGCAGGUGCUGCUGGAUGUGCGGCGGUCUCUGCGGCGAUUCCCACCUGGGAUGCCGGAUGAGCAGCGGGAGGGGUUGCAGGAGGAGCUCAUCGAUAUCAUCCUGCAGGUCCUGCUUCGGAACCCCCAGCUGCACUACUACCAGGGUUACCAUGAUAUCGUGGUCACCUUCCUGCUGGUCGUGGGAGAGAAGCUGGCCACAGCACUGGUUGAGAAGCUCUCCACGCAUCAUCUCAGGGAUUUUAUGGACCCUACCAUGGAUAACACUAAACACAUUUUAAACUAUCUGAUGCCCAUCAUAGAGAGGGUGAACCCAGAAGUGCAUGAUUUCAUGCAGAGGGCGGAGGUGGGCACCAUCUUUGCUCUCAGCUGGCUCAUCACGUGGUUUGGCCACGUCCUGUCAGACUUCAGACACGUGGUCCGGUUGUACGAUUUCUUCCUGGCCUGUCACCCCUUGAUGCCCAUUUACUUUGCGGCUGUGAUCGUGCUGUACAGGGAGUCGGAGGUCCUGGAGUGUGAGUGUGACAUGGCCUCGGUGCACCACCUGCUCUCCCAGAUCCCACAGGACCUGCCUUACGAGACCCUCAUCAGCCGAGCCGGAGACCUCUUCGUCCAGUUCCCCCCCUCGGAGCUGGCCCGCGAGGCCGUGCAGCAGCAGAGUCAGAGUUGCAGCAGGUCUUCUGUCCCGGAUAAUUUCGUGCUUCCUCAUGAUGUUUGUUCCCUGCGCAGGACGGCUGUUUCAACAUUCAAGGACUUCGAGCUGGUCUCUGCACAGCAGCGUCCGGACACGGUGCUCAGAUUGCGCUUCAAGGAGCAGCGUACCAAGGAGGUGGACAGCAAGGCUGUGCUGGCCCGACCAAGGAGCAGUCGCUUUGUGAAGCUGGCAGUGAUGGGGCUCACAGUAGCCCUGGGUGCUGCUGCGCUGGCAGUGGUCAACACCGCGUUCCAGUGGGCUCCCAAGAUCGACCUGCAGCUUUUCCCAUAACUGGAGGAAUAUGGUUUUGUUUUUUGUGUAUUCCCUUUAAAAAAUGUCCCAGAAUGACUUUGGGAAGACUGUUUAUCCUUCAUUUGAAAGGACAGUGAAUCGUUUUCUGUUGCAGCAGCAAUGUCUGGAACUGCCUUUCAUUUCUUUUGCCAUUUCCAGAGGCUGCUGGUGUUUCUGAAGGUGUGGAUUUCUUCUCCUCGUGUUUUAAGAAGCAUUAACACAUUUCAGUUUGCGUUGAAGAAUAAGCUACUCCAGGAACCCCUUUAGGCAGAAAGAGAAGUUGUUGGGCUAUGUGACAAAUAUUCAUUGAUUGCAUAUCUACAGGCGUAGUGAAGGGUAUGGCAUAGUGAAGUGGCAAUACAUCAACUUUUUACUGACCAAAAAAAAUCUUUAGAAUUAUUAUUAUUUUAUUACCUUUCCCCAUUUGCAUAAUGAUAUAAACAUGCAUAUAAUAACCAUACACAAGGUAUUUAUACACUGUAGACUGAAAAUAUGGAAAUUGUGUAGGGCUUUAUUAGAGUGUUAACUAAUUGUAAUUUGACAACAGUGCAUACCUGUACCAUUUCAGUUAGAAGCCCAAACUAUAUAUUCCUCCAUUACCCUGGAGGUCCAGUUUCCUUGGAAGCUUUUCCUGUACUUCAUCCACUCUGAACAGGCCGUUCACCUGGGAGCACAGCUUUACCAGAGUAACUGCCACUGCUAUUCCUGGGCUUGUGCAGGAGGCUGUGCGGUGGCUGCUCCUUCCUGUAGUCUCACAAUAAGGAAAGAGAGCUUGUGCUGUGUAGCAGCUGGCUGUUAUAGAGUCCCCCCUGUUUAACACUGUUAUCCAUGCAGGAAGUAUAUACUGCGAGGGCGUACCUGUGACGGGUGUACUGCUGUGCCAUGAUCUCUUUUAUACAGUGCACUGCAGUAACUGUCUGCUGGGCGUUCUCAGACCUGUAGAAAGGUUGGCAAUAUUGAAAUAGUUUGGAGCUUUGAACACUGCAGUUGCCAAACUACUUCAGCCGUUAUUGCCAAAGCUAGUAGUCCUGUAGACUUCUGUAUUAUCAUGAUCAUUUUUAAUAUGAUUUGUAUACAUGUGGGUAGUUAACCUUAUUUAAAACAAACAAUCUAAAGUAAGGCAGACCAGCAUGACUGUUAAUUACCAGUCCCUACAUCUUUAUUGUUUUGUACACAUUUUACAUGGCCAAAAAUGUUAAUACUGGAGUACAGCGCUUACCCAAGAUAAUGUGUAACAAGUUAAAGGUUUUGCAUCAUGGAUGUACAGCAGUAUAACAGUAUCAUGAAUGCAAAUGAACUCUAAUGGGUUCUAGAAUGCAGACUGAUGCAGCCGUCAGGCAUGUUAAUGGUAUCUCGUGGUUCAGUCUGGUUUGGCUAAAAGCUAAGCCGAUUCUGUUCGGAAGGUUGUUUCCACUUCAGCAUGUCCAUUUGCACCUCCGCUGGCAUUCCUGAUGAUCUUUCCUAUGGAAGCAGGCAAACCCCUUUUUACUUUCAUUCCUGGAAUCUGCUGCUGUGUAACAGCUGGCUCGUGGUUUUGAGCAGACUGUCCAAAUGAAUUCGUGCAGCUUUCAGCUGGUAGGACUUUAAAAAGAAGAAGAAAAAAAAACCUUUCCUGAAACACUGCAUUGCACAAACAGACUCUUUUUAUUCCAGAGCAAGGCACUGUAUGACUGAUUUUGUUCAUGUACAUUGUAUCUGUUGUCUUAUGCUGACUUAAACCACUUCAAUAAAAGUUAAAAUAAC